GAACACAAUGAGCAGCCCGGACAAAUGGGUCACACUGACCCCAGCUGAGUUCGCCCUGCUGCAGGAGUAUGCUCAGUACUCGACCAAGAAGCUGAAGGAUGUACUGCAGGAGUUCCAUGGAGAUGGUGUGUUGGCUAAAUACAAUCCAGAGGAGAAGCAAGAAAUCCUCAGCCAGGAGAUCGACUUUGAGGGCUUCAAGGUGUUCAUGCAAACCUUCCUGGAGAGCGAACUCUCCGAAGAGUUCUGUCAACACCUCUUCAUGACGUUUAGCAACAAGGGACCCAAACCCAGUCCCUCAUCUUCUGACAAACACAAACCCAAUUUGAUCUCAUCAGGGCUGAAGCUGAUCAAAGGCAACUCGACCCCUCUGAAGAUGCCCGCGCUGCCCAGACCUCUGGAUACUGUUCAGCUGAAGGACAUCGUGUGUUACCUCUCAUUGCUGGAGGGUGGACGUCCUGAGGAUAAGCUGGAGUUUAUGUUUCGUCUUUACGACACAGAUGGAAACGGGUCUUUGGACAGCUCGGAGCUUGAGCACAUUAUCUCCCAGAUGAUGCACGUGGCAGAGUACCUGGAAUGGGAUGUGACUGAACUAAAACCAAUCCUCCAGGACAUGAUGCACGAGAUUGACUACGAUCACGAUGGCACAGUGUCACUGGAGGAGUGGAUCCAGGGAGGAAUGACCACCAUCCCGCUGCUGGUUCUGCUCGGCCUGGAGACAAAUGUUAAAGAUGACGGGCAACAUGUGUGGAGACUGAAGCACUUCAACAAGCCAGCCUACUGUAACCUGUGUCUCAACAUGCUAAUUGGACUGGGGAAGCAGGGACUCUGCUGCUCAUUCUGCAAGUACACAGUCCACGAGCGUUGUGUGGCUCGCGCUCCGCCGUCUUGCAUCAAAACCUAUGUCAAAUCCAAGAAAAACACAGAGGUAAUGCUCCAUUUCUGGGUGGAAGGGAACUGCCCCACCAAGUGUGACAAGUGUCACAAAACCAUUAAGUGUUACCAGGGCCUGACUGGUCUCCACUGCGUGUGGUGUCAAAUCACACUCCAUAACAAGUGUGCCUCCCAUGUGAAACCUGAGUGUGACUGCGGACCCCUGAAGGAUCACAUCCUGCCCCCCAACUCAAUCUGCCCUAUCGUCCUGGUAAGACAACCUCGCUGCUUGACCUUUGACCCCAAGGAAAGGCAGUCAACGGUGAGGAAGGACUCUCGGUCCAGCCAGUCGAGCCGAGGGAAGAUGCAGCGAGCCAACUCAGUCACAGUGGAUGGUCAAGGACUGCAGAUCACAACAAUAGAGGGCACUCAUCCUCUGCUAGUGUUUGUCAAUCCGAAGAGCGGGGGGAAGCAGGGAGAGAGGAUUUACAGAAAGUUCCAGUAUCUUCUGAACCCGAGACAAGUGUACAACCUGGCCAAGAAUGGACCCAUGCCAGGGUUGAACUUCUUCAGAGAUGUUGCUGAUUUCAGAGUGCUGGCCUGUGGAGGGGACGGCACGGUGGGCUGGAUCCUGGACUUCAUAGAUAAGGCCAACCUGGACAGGAACCCCCCCGUGUGUAUACUUCCUCUUGGCACGGGCAACGACCUGGCAAGAUGUCUGCGAUGGGGAGGAGGCUAUGAGGGUGAGAGCCUCCUGAAGAUCCUGCGAGACAUCGAGAACAGCACGGAGUUGAUGCUGGACCGCUGGAAGAUUGAUGUCACGCCCACAGACAAGGAGGAGCGAGGGGACCCGGUGCCUUACAGCAUUGUUAACAACUACUUCUCCAUCGGAGUGGAUGCUUCAAUUGCACAUCGUUUCCAUGUUAUGAGAGAGAAACACCCUGAGAAGUUUAACAGCAGAACAAAGAAUAAGCUGUGGUACUUUGAGUUUGGCACUUCGGAGACCUUUUCGGCCACAUGUAAGAAGCUCCACGACUUUCUGGAGGUUGAGUGUGAUGGUGUUACUCUGGACCUGAGCACCAUCUCCCUAGAAGGCAUCGCCAUUCUCAACAUUCCCAGCAUGCACGGCGGGUCCAACCUUUGGGGCGAGAGCAAGAAGAGGAGGGGAAACCGAAAGGGUGGAAAAAAGGGCCAAGACAAGAGGACACCGGUGAUCGACCCCAAAGAGCUCAUGUUUGCAGUUCAAGACCUUUCUGACCAGCUGCUUGAGGUGGUGGGACUGGAAGGAGCCAUGGAGAUGGGUCAGAUCUACACCGGCCUGAAGAGCGCUGGAAGACGCCUGGCACAGUGCUCAUCUGUGACCAUCAGAACCAGUAAAUCACUCCCGAUGCAGAUUGAUGGUGAACCGUGGAUGCAGACUCCGUGCACUAUUGAGAUCAUCCACAAGAACCAGGCUCCCAUGUUGAUGGGACCACAGCAAGGACGGAGCUUCUUCUCUUCAGUCAUCAGAAGAACACGUACAGAAAGCAAAGAGUGA